GGAUUCGGAGAAUUCAGAUGGAUGCAGGUAUUCGUACCGCACGGUUGUUGUUAUUGUUUUCGUCGCACUGUAGUUCCGCGACACGUCUAAGAUACUGAGUACAUUUCACCGAUGCUGAAGAUGUUCUUAAUGCAAACGCAGACAGACAAGCCUCCAGGAUCGGCGGCAGCAGCGAAAGCCGCCGCGGUCUUAAGAGCAGAGAUAAAGAUGGAAUUGCAAAACAAAAAGCAGUGUUCAUACAAGCCCUUUGCCUGCACGCAAUUAACAUUGGACGGAUAUAGUUAUUGUUUGAGACACAUUCUCUGUGAUAAGAGUGCUCCCUUCAAACAAUGCUCAUUUGUCUAUCCGAGUAACGGUAAACGCUGCUUCCUGCCCGCUAAGGUCGACAAGAAAGAUGUUGGAUAUUGCAGCGAGCAUGCAUUAAAAGCGCAUCUGCUGAGAAGUAAGCAAGGUUGCAGGCCAGCUCCGCCGAGGACGGCUGAAGCACUGCUAGGCUCGUUAUCCCACUACGUGAAGAGGCCAAGAUCAAGAAACGUAUCAUCAAGUACACAGCAUUCUGAUGAAGGACGCAUAAGCCCAGACGAAGGAGAUCCGAAGGUCACGAGGUCUCUGGAUCCUUUCGUUGAAAUUGAUGCUUCACAUAUUAACGCUUCUUGCAGCGAUGUCCUGGACAUGUGCAGCGAGUCGGAAAGUGAUGUGGAACCAGCAACAUACACUUCUGUAUGGCAAGAUGCACAGGCCGACAGUUCCGAUGAUGAAAGUAUUGACUCGGAACAGGAGGAUAUUUUAAAACAUGCCAACGUAUAUUCAGCCGAAGAAAUAACGAUGAUUACAAGAGAUAAAUUAAGUAGGUUACAAAAUCUCUACAUCGAUCAAUACCGCCACCUGCAACAUAUGCUUAAAGAGAAAAGACGGAAGUAUCUGAUUGCCUUGAAACGCGAGAAAGAAACAUGCUGUAGCAUUAGUAAUCAAUCUAAAGAUAAUCCCAAAGAACAACGGAUGUAUAGGAAGUUGAAAGAUCUUAAUCAUUAUCACAAGAAGGUCGGAACUGAUGCUAUUUUGAGAAAGCGUUUGAACGAAUUGAGGAUGAAGAUUACUGAUGGAGCCCAACACAAACCGCAAAAUUACAAUACUAAGUGCGCUUAUAUCGAAGGCGGAGUCAAAUGCACGGAAAAAUCACUACCGGUUGCUAGACACUGCAGAAAACACAUUUUAGAGGAUCCAAAUCAAGUGCUAUUCCGAGCGUGUGGAAGAAAACGUGCCGACAUUGAAUGUCCAACUCCAGUGGAAGCAAUAUUCGACGACCAAACGUGUAUUUUGCAUAGGGAUAUUCCACCGCUUCGCUCAUAUUCUCAAGUCAGAAAGGAUUCCGAAUCCGAUUACGAUGACAUGACCGAUUUACAUGCGAAUAACCCGAACGUGAAAACGGAACUAAUAGAUUAUUCCAAUAUUGUUAUACCCACAAACUUGCUAGACAGUCUGAUCAAUAAUGAGUCGACGACAAGUAUGGACAGCGAGGUGGAUCUGUCUUUGAUGAAUAGUAUGAAAUGUGAUAUGGAUGAAGUGGUGAAGGAGGAAGAAAUUCUUAAUACAGAUGAUGAUAUGUCUAUUAUAAGAAUGCAGGAUGAUUUGGAUCAGAACGAGUAAUAUAAUUGUAUAUUUAUG